ACGACGAGGCUUUCUUGACCAAAAUGUGUUCCUUUGUAUGAGUGUGUGUUGGUGUGUGUAUACGCGUAUAAACGCUGCUGCAGCGACGCUACUUAACGUGCUCUUCAUAUAUUUCUCGCGCUAUUCGUUAUUUUCUCAUCUGACUGCUUCGUUGCUGCCUACUUCAACUUGUCUCCUCUUUCGCUACUACUUUAUCUUCCGUUUUCGUUUACUAUUCGUUGGAUGGCCGCUCGUCUGCGACUAUAGGCAAAACGAUUACUACUCUUGUUUUUCGGUUUGAUUACGCAGCGCUGCUGCAACUGUCAAAAUUUUUGCCGUGUGUCAUUUCCACACCAUGUCGUCGUCGCCGAUUCUAUUGGCAAAAAUGAAAUUUUCGCGAAAAAUUUCACUAAAUAGCGUUUGAAAUUAACAGUGGUAAAAGGUGUUAAUUGCUGAAAAGUGUUUAGCAAUAUAAUAAUAACAGACUGACGGUGUUUUCUCUCUGAAUUAAUUCGACUGAAACUGCAUGCACGUCGGUGUAUGUGGGGUUGACCUUUAGUGGAAUAAUUAGCUAAAAGAUUAAUGUUCUAAACAACAACAACAACGACGUUGCAAAAAAAAAUAACAAAACAUUCAAACUCAACAUUAAAUUCAACAUUUAAGACAAAUAAAUAAACGAAAUUUAUUUAUUCAGUUUUUGUGAAAAGAUAAUGCAAAAAAAAAUUGGCAAAAAAGAAAUAAUUUUUUUCUUCUAUUUUCAAAAGCAAAAAAUUACAAUGAUUUUUUGAGUUUUGUAUUUUUGGAAAAAAAAAAUAAUAAUAAUAAUUUAAGGAUUCCUUCCACGAUUUUCUGCUGAAACGGAAGUAGUGUGAAAAGUGCGUUGCGUAAAUUCCAUAAACAUAAAACAACAACAACUGACGAAUGUGUUUCCCAACAAAAUUAUUUCAAAAAAUAAAAAAUAUUGAUAAAAGUGCUUAAUAAACGCUCUAAAAGCAACUACAUUUUAUAUUAAUUUAAAAAUUAAUUUGUUGAAAAAUGUGGCAAAUGGCAAGAACAGCGCGAUUGAAUAGUUGAUUAGUGCGAGAUCACUGCGAUCAGUGCGAAAGAGUGCGAGUGUGUCGUAUACUCGUCAGUCACUCACUGACGGCGUGUGCGCGGGUGGAUCAAGCGUUGAGCUUGCAAGCAGCUUGGUUGGUUGCUAAAUUUAUGCAACUAGUUAAAGGUAGCAUUACAACAAAGUCAACUAACGUUAGUGCAACAAAAGUAAACAAUAAAAAAAAUAAUAGAAAAAAUAUAAAAAUAAAUAAUAUAAUUUAAUUUUAAAUUAAGCACUCAAGUCAACUAAUAAAAAUCUAAAUCUAUUACUGAAAUUUCCACCGCUACAACAAAAAUUACCUAUUCUAUUUUAUCUUCUUCACCACUUUGACAUUGCUCGGUCGAUUUGUUUGUACGUAAGUACGUAAGUUCAUGUAAGUUUGUUAUGCAAAAUUCGUCGCGUCAAGCAAUUGUAUUGUCGACAUAACGAGCAGAAAAUAGCAACCCACCAACCCACCAAACUAACCAAAUCAACCAAGCAACCAACAACUAACAGUGUCUGUGAUUUCGAGCGCUUCGUGCGCCUCACCAACAUUCCACAUGACUGCCGUGUAUGUUUGGUGUUGGACAAUAUGCAUCGUCGCCGUGUAGAUAAUGUCGAUGAUGUUGUCUUUGAUCUGGACAACGACAACCCUAACAACAACAACAAUAGCAAUAACACCAAAAAAAUUGUAACUAACGCUUAUAACAAUAACAAAAAGAGCAAUAAGCAAAGUAACGAAAUUUACAAUACCAUCAACAACAACAAUAACAAUAAAACACCGGCAACAAUAAUAGUAGAAACAGCAACCACUGUCACUGUCAACGUCGCGGUUACAGUAAACACCGUCAACGGCAACCGUGACACGAGUAACGUCCGCGUCAUUCUCGCCAUUAAACUGAAACGCGAACAAACGUCGUUGACCAAGACUUUAAACGCAACUGAAGUUGUCGUCCUCGUCGUACUCGUCGUCGUCGUCGGCAUUGUCGUAGUCGUCGUUUUAAAAGCCGUCGCGUUGUGCAUCUCGUUGCCAUCCAAUUUACCGUUGUCAUUGUCGUCGCUGUCGCCUUUGUCAGCCUAAGUAUUUACCAACACUAAUAAAACUGACAACAUUUGCAAGUGCUUAGUAUACGUAAAAAGCAACAACAAAAAUAACAAGGUAGAAAAACUAUAACGAAAAACACACAAAAAAAUACAAACAACAAAUACCGUUCAUUUGUGAAAUUCGCAAAAAAGUGCUGUGCGGAUCACCACAGUUCAGUUGGGUGAUAUUAAUUCAUCAAACUACAACAGAUUUAGUGGCCGUCGCAGGCAUUAAAAAAAAAAAAAUUAUUUUAUUUUGAAAAAUUGAAAGUGCAAAAGUGUGAAAAACAGCUGAAGUUUUUAAAAUUAAGUUGAAACACGCGUGAGCAAGCUUCAGGCGUCGCAGAGGAAGUCGGACCGGGAGACUAGAAAGUUUUUGUUAUAGUGCUCAAUUGCACACACACAUACACACACACGCACUUACAUACACAUCCAUACACAAAGAAUUAAAAUAAAAAUAUUCAAAAAAUAUAUAGUUAUAUAAUGCAUAGAAUUUAAUAGAAAUUAAGUCAUAAUUGUAAGUGAAAAUAGCUGAAAUUUAUUAUAAACAACAAAGAAAUUUAAAUUUAAUAAAACAACCAACGUAAUAAACCUUAGGAUUAAUUAAACAAAUCAACUUCGACAACAAUAACAAACAAAAAUUUAUACAUAUUAAAUAUACAGCUAACAGUUUGCAAGUAAAAUCAUUCGUCCUGGAUUAUCUGCUAAAGACAUUGCGCACCUUGAAAAAUCCGAUUAUGGCCGAGAAUCAAACCGCCACGGAAGAUUCCGGUCAACAAUCGCAACAUCAGCAGCAGGCACAGCAGCAACAACAACAGCCGCAGUCGCCGCAGCAAGAUCAGCCACCUCCUUCAGCAUUAGCAUCGCCCACAACACCGCCACAAGAGAAUAAUUCCGCAUCAUCGCCUGAAGAUACCCAAACAGUCGUUGUGCCCAACACCAACCAUCAUACACAUAACCUCAAUCAUAACCUCAGCAAUAAUCAGCAGCAUUCAAAUCAAGUGCACCCGGAGCAGCAAGGACACCCAUUAACCAUAAUGGAUCAUCAUCAAUUCUCCGAUAUGUUUAAGAGCAGCUCUAUAGCAGCCCAGCGCCGCAAUACAAUACAGUCGCACGCUCCCAUACGUGCCGCCAGCACCACAUCGAUUAAGAAGCCACCAUUGACUAAAAUGACAUCGUUGACAAAUGCAAAUGCGGGUAGCGGUGGCGCAAAAUCGACCACCAACUCGACGGAUAAGCAUCACCAAUCACAUCAUUAUCAUCCACACAGCGCUCAUCAUUCGUCUUUUCAUCAUCAUAAUGCGAAUAGCAGCAGCAGCAUGAAUCAUCAUCACCACCAUUCAGCUUCCACAGGUGGUAGUGGUGGUGGUGGUGGUGGUGGCGUCACUGCGAAUGCAGUUCAUCGACGCACCAGUGAGAGUUUGCGUCUGAACGCCUCGAUCAUUGGCGGUGGCCAUAGUGGUGGUGGUGGCGUUGGCGGUGGCAGUACCAGUUCGGUCGCCAAUUCGUCCAAUACGAAUCUAUCGAAUGCCACGAGCAAUAGCAGCAUUCAUUCGAAUGUCACCAAUAAUAGUUCCAGCUCGAGUACUUCGGUUGCACCGCAGUCAACAGCCACUACUGCUUCGACAUCGACGAAGGUCACAUCGCCGAAUAAUAAUGGUGGUGGUGGUGGUGGUGGUGGCAGUAGUUCGGCUAGUACCAACACUAGCCGCAGUCAUCACAGUCAGGGGCAUAGCGGCGGUGGUAAUCAACACCACACUGCCGCUUCACAGCCAAGCAGAAAACCAAAGACGACCUCAUCAUCAUUUCAAAUAACUUCCGUUACUGUGGGACAGCCCAAGGUGAAUUCCGACAAUGGCGACGAGUCGGCCGACGACUUAGACGAAUCACAUACAGAUGAAUCUCAUAGUCGUGUUACCGACCUCGAGAAUGAGACGCCUUCAAUGUCGGAAGAUACAUUCUCCAAGGAGGAGGUGUAUUUUUCAAAUAAUGCGUUGAGCGCUACCGCACCGGUGAUACCGACCAGUUCGCAGUAUGGACUAGUGGUUGUGGAUCCCAUUGGUCCGAAUCUUGGGCAGACCAUACAAAAUGUUCAGGUCAAUGUAUCGGACAACAUAAUAAAUGUGGUGAGUGCCGCAGUGACGCCAGGCGGUAGCAAGAAGAAGGACGACAACAAGGAGACGCAGCAUCGUAGCGAGCGCUUCAAGGUGGUUAAGAUCGAGUCGACUGAGCCGUUCCGUCGCGGACGUUGGAUGUGCAUGGACUAUCUCGAUCACUCAACUGUGGGCACCGGCGGUAAGGAGGGCGGCGGUGGCAACAAUAAUGAAAAGACUGUUUCCUCCGAAUCGGGUAGCGGCGUCAGCAGCGAACCGACAAAAACUACACAAAGUAUGAUAAUCGGCACGGGCGCUGCACAGUUGCUCGAGAAUCAUGUAGACGCAGUGGGUAACAGUUUGCAGCUCACCACUGGCGGCGGCCCAGCUGCUGGGAACACGACAGCAGCAGCAAAUGAUGGUAAUUGGAAUUUCAGCGAGGGUAAUGGUGGCACUGGCUCGCCAGCCCAACAGCUGCAACAACAAAUGUCUGCACCGACUGGGAUUUCCACGGCGCCAGCCACCGUUGUGCAUGGCAUGCAACAUUUUGUGACGGAUGCUGGUGGUAUGCAACAGGGGCUUGCGCCACAACAGCAACAGCAGCAGCAGCAGCAGCAACAAUCGCAACAACAACACCAAUCACAGCAACAAGUAUACGGAGACAACGCGAACGCCAAUAGUGCCGGGGUUGGCAGUGGCACGCAAGAAGUCGUUCAUGGGCAGACAUUGCCCAUGGACUAUGCAACUGUUGUUGCUCAGCAAUUGCAACAAUCAUUGCAGCAAUUGAAAAAGCAAGAAGAAGCCAUUGCAGCUUCCGAGGAGGCCGGCACCGUUUAUGUGCCGCCACAACCCCAACAACAACAGCAACAGUCAGCACAGCAACAACAACAGCAGCCGCAGACACUUCCCAGCAAUUUACAGUUCCAAAAUGGCACUGUUGUUAUGCCCAAUGAGAAUAACAAUGGUGCCGAUAGUCAGCAGCAGCAGCAGCAGCAGCAGCAACAGCAACAACAGCAGCAGCAAAUGCCAACAACAUAUGCUAAGCCACAACAAACGGGUAGCUACAGCCAACCUCAGCAACAAAACUUCCAAACAGCUGUUGCUCAGCAGCAGCAACAAAAACAACAACAGCCAUCUCCGCCGCAAAUGUUGCACGGCGAUGCCAUAAAUAUGCAAAUGCAGCAACAACAAGCGGUGCAGCAGCAACAGCAACAACAAUCGGCUUCCGCACCAACAUCUCAAAUCGACGGUGUUGUAGCACCACCGCAACAAACUCAACAACAGUUCCAAUACCAGUCACAAUCGCAGCCGCAGUCACUGCAACAUCAACAGCAGCAGCAGCAGCAGCAGCAGCCACAACAACAACCACAACAAGCUCAUCCACCGCAAUAUCAGCAUCAGCAAUCAGCUCCGGCUGGUCAAACCAUGCCGCAUGUAACUCAAAUGGCAAAUUAUGAGAUGCAGCAACAAGCUGGCGGCCAACAACAACAACAGUUGCCACAGCAACAAUUGCAACAGAGUGCGCCACCAACAAUUGCCGAUCCACAAGCUCUUGUAGCCAACAUUCAAGCCCAUCAAGAGCAACAACAAAAGCAACAGCAGCAACAACAACAACAACAACCAAUAUCGCUUGAUAGUGCCCAAUUAACUAAUGCCGCUGCAACCAUUGCGAACAUGCAAAAUGAAGUAAUGCAAUUACAACAGCAACAGCAACAAAUGCUGAAUGCUAAUAAUAUGAACAAUGCUAGUGCCAACACUAACAAUAACAACAGUAAUAAUAAUAAUAACAGCAACAAUGUUGCAACUGUGACAACCGUCGACGAGCAACAAGCGCAGGCUCAACAGCCAGCGCCUACACAGCAGCAGCAGCAAGUACAACAACAAUUGCAACAGCUACCACAACAACAGCAACAGCAGCCACAACAAACACAAACGAGCGCAGAAACAGAGACUGAAAGCGAUUCCAGCCUCCCGCAAGCCAUGUAUCAUCAUAGUAGUGCUCGCAAACGCGCCUUCAGUACACCGCAUAUAACACCGGCCAUCUCUACACUGCUCAAUAUGACGAACAAUGAACGGGCUAUAUAUCUGUUGAAUAACACUGGCGGUGGCAGCAAUAUGAGUUUAAAUCAAUUCAACAACAACAACAUACCAACCGAUCAACUAGUUUACUAUAUGAAAAGCGCUUCACCGCACGAGCUGGAGAAUAGCACUGUAUCCGGACCAUGGAUACAGGGUCGCUCCGACACUAAUAUCUAUACAAAUUUAGCCUUGGGCCAUAAUCGCUAUAAAUUUUUGCCAAAUGCACAAAAUUACAACGCAGCCGCCGCCGGUGACGAUGAUGAAGACGAUGUGGAUGAAGAUGAAGCAAUCGAUCAAUUCUCACCAACCAUUUAUCCAACCAGUCGUGCCAUUCCUAUACCAUUAAGCGCCGGUCAUAGUCCACAGCAUUUGCCGAGUGGUCAGAAAACGCCUAAACUGCCAAUUUCGCCUACACAUGUUGCACACAGCGCUAGCCCCACCAGCAGCGCGUAUCUAUACUCGCCCUUCUAUGGCAGCUCACCAGAUUCUGUAACGCCAAUCGCUGUGAGUGGCGCACAAACGUCCAUUAGAAUGUCUUACAGUUACGAUCAAGCGGUGAGUGCGAAUUUCAAGCGCAGCAUGUCGUCGAGCACGACGCACCUGGAUACUGCGCAGCAGCAUCAUCAUCACCAUCAGCAGCAGCAGCAGCAGCAACAGCAACAGCAGCAACAAAAAAGCAACAGUGGACGUGUAAUGCCACGCACAUUAUCACUGGACAUGACGACGGGCAAGAAUGCUGCCGCAGCCGCGGCUGUGAUGUUUGCAACUUCGCCGACGGCAUCAGUGAAAAGUGCAUCUGGAACAAGUGCAGUUGCGAUCGAUAACAAGAUCGAGCAAGCUAUGGAUCUGGUCAAAUCCCAUCUUAUGAUAGCUGUUCGCGAGGAAGUUGAAGUACUCAAGGAGAAAAUUUCCGAGCUAAUGGAUAAGAUUAAUCAACUUGAAGUUGAGAAUACCAUCCUGAAGUCGAAUAUGUCACAGGAGAUGUUGCAACAAUUGCAAAUGCAAACACAAUUGCAGAUCGCCGGCAGCAACAGCAGCAGCAAUGGCAGCGGUACUGGCACACCAGCAAUUACGGCGGGCAAUACAAAUGCUACAAAUGCGUCGGCAAAUAAUAUGAUUGCAGCGGCACCACAGCAGCCACAGCAGCAGCAGCAGCAGCAGCAACAACAGCAAGCUGGCACGCCAACCACUGCUGCAGUGGUUAAUAAUGAGAGCAAUGAUGCCAGUCCAGCGACUGAGACAACAACAACAGCAGCAAGCGCAACAGUCGCUGCAGCAGCAACAACAACAACAGCAGAAACAGAAAAUUCAGCAGCCACAACAAAUGGUCCAUUGCCGUCCUCCUAAACGCAGCAACGUAACAAAUGAAGCGUUUAAUGAAAUUUGAAAGAAAUUCACAAACAAAAAAAGCAAAAAAAACAAGCUUAGUUGAAGCGAGGCGUAGCAUUAUAUUGUAAAAACAAAAACAAAAAACAAAACAAAACCAUACUUUCUCGAAGCGGCACCAGUUUUUGGGUAGCUGAAUGUGGAGUUACAUAAUUGAUGUAGAUGAGAAUGAUGAUGUGAUGUUGUUGUUGUUGAUGGCUGAGAAGGAGCAGGCUGAAGAGGAGGCGGAGAUAAGUGUUGAAAAUGAUGCAUGUGUGUGUGUGUGUGUGCGCGUAUUGUGUGCAGUUGUACUGAAAACAUAAAUUAAUUGUGUUGUUGUUUUGGGGUUAUGUGUUGUUGCAAACAGCGCUCGUUAAGCAGAUACUCUUUUUAUUUCCUUUAUUGUUGUUAAUUUUUUUUAAGCACGAAUGUUGAUUGAAAAGACUGCGUAACGGCAUAAGAGUAUUUUUUUAAUGUAAAAAAAAGAGAUUUUUAUUGCCACAAAUAAUUAAAUAUUGUAAUAAAUAAACUAAUGAGUUUAUUAGAAUGCGAAAAAGCGCUAAAAAAAAUGUUUGCAGCUUUAGAGAAAAAUGCAUUGCAAGAUAAUAAACAACACCAUUAAAAUUGACAUAUUUUAUAUAUACAAACAUCUAUAUUUAUUUUUUCAUAUCAGAAAAUCAAUUGUAUAAAUCGAAUGCGGCAUAAUUUUUCAAAAAACUGCAAACAUUUAAAAAAAUAUUGCUUUAAGACAUUUUAAAUGAGCGUAAAGCCAGCCAUGCUUAGAGCGCGCCGCCUUCAAAAACACAAUGCAACAACCAACAACUUGAAAACACACAUGAAUGCAUGCUUUAAGUCACAGUCCGAAGAGCUUUGUGUGGCUUAAACUUCAAACAGUUGCGCACAACACCCGCUGCGGCACAUGUUGCUGGCAACAUGUUGAAUUUGCUGUGUAGCGCAACUUUAUAUACUUCACACAACGCCAGCAGGUGAAACCCACCCACACGCACACACACACACACACACACACACACAUACGCUCAUGUACACAAACUCACUCGAACACUGGGCGGCAAUACGUUUGCCUUGUAGCGGCAACAUGUUGCUAAUGCGAAUAGACACAACUGAAAAUACUCUGUGCAACAUGUUGACACGACACGUACAAACGGCAAACCGAGACCAGAGAGAAUGAAUGAAUAUAUGGAUGAAUAAUCAUGUUAAAUGUGAUAUAACUCAAUUUUUUUUAUUUAAUAUUUCAAACAUGCAUACAUACAUACAUACUUACAAGAAAAGAAGAGGUAUUAACUAAAGUUGAGACGUUGAAAAUUAGAAAAAA